AUGGCGGUUGCGGGAAGCAGUGAUGAAAAUUUGCCGACUUGUUUGAACGAGAAAAACAGUCCUGAAAUAACUCUAAAUAAUAAUUUUGCACAGAAGGAGAAUUGUAAAGACUUGCUCAAAGUUUGCCCGGAGCGAGGUGGGUAGAAUUUUGUAAGAAUAAGUAAGAUUUUAACUUGAAUUCGGGCUGAUGUAAACUAUAUUAAAGUGAUUGACUGGGUAACAUAAUAUGUAGCUGGUAUUUAAUGGUAAAUUAUUCGGGUUUUUUUUUUCAGAAUUCGACAAAUAUUUACUAGAGAAGAAGAAUAAAAAAGUGGAUGUACAACACAAGACAUUCAAGCCUUCAGCAUGCCAGGGUACGUAG